AUGGUGAAGCAAUCAUCAAAAUUUAACAAAAAGAAGAAAAGUUCAGAGAAGCAGCUCAUCGGUAACGAAAAGCAGCGGUUAGUGGAGGAGUUGCACGCUUCAGCGAGAAGACAUUUUCCCCGUAAACGCGUCAUAGUGCGCGGAUACGAUGAUUUAUGGCAAGCUGACCUAAUAGAGAUGCGUCUUUAUUCUAGAUUCAACGACAACUAUCACUAUAUACUCACUAUUAUCGAUGUGUUGAGCAAAUAUGCGUGGGCUGUACCGCUGAAGAGCAAGAGCGGCAAAGAAGUAGUCGAGAACAUACAAAUGGAUCGAUUCGUUACCAUGUCUCGUUGCCAAAUACAACGCGCGAAAGCAUUGAACUAUCGGUAUGUGUCCUGUCGAUGUUACAAGAUCGCCGAUAAGCUCCUACUCACAGUCUACAACAAUCUAAAGAUCGCAGCGCCUGCGAGAUUCAAAGUAGGCGGCUCGGUACGCGUGAGCAAAUUCAAAACUAUCUUCGAGAAAGGUUACACUUCGAACUGGACCACCGAAGUAUUUAAGAUCAUCAAAGUACAGGCGACCAAUCCGGUGACUUAUCUGCUUGAGGAUUUUCGCAGAAAGCCUAUUGCCGGAGGAUUUUACGAAUACGAACUGCCUCGCGCUGCUACUCCUGACGUUUAUCUCGUGGAAAAGGUGUUCUGA